UGUGUGCACAAUGGAACAAGCGUGAGUGAGCUUUGGCAUUUAACUUUGUUUGUGUUUGUCUUCGUGUGGCAUCAAUGCUUUCUUGGCACAACAAGAUGAGUGGCACAAGUCUUCGUUAAAAGUUUCAACUCUCAUCAUUUCUGGAUACUUUUGGCCAUAAACUCAAAAGUAGAUUUGACAGCACAAAGAAUGAUCGUGCAGAUUGUAUGUACAGUAGUAAUAAGUGGCUUAUCGCAAAAGCUGCUACCACCAUUGAUUGAAGUGAAUCGGUGUGUGGAUAAAUGAUGGCUUUUGCAUCUUAUGGACGGGCAGCCUGUCUGAGACAAUGUUCUGCGCGAUCUACUCUUGUGUUGCCUUCCACCAGGCAAAAUGGUCCUUCACCAGGCACACCUGGCGACAACAACAACCCCGAAUUGACCAUCCACCAGAGACACAAAUAUGGAGACUCCACAUCUAAAAUGUUGAAUUGAAGACUAUUGGAUUAAACGGUGAAAGGUCUUCAAUAAUAACGAAGAGUCCAGUUGCCUUCAUUUAUUGAUGUGGUUUGCGGGAAGCUUUGAAACGAGGCUCAAAAUAACUUUUUUUUUUUCUUUGAGGAGCAGUUUUGACAAUGAUUUCAUUUGAGGAGCAGCUUUCGCAUUUUGAAGAGCUUUUGGUAUUUAUUUUGUAUUUUUUUUGCAGGUUCAUCCCACAGGUUUUAAAACCGAGAUUAACCCAGCGAGGCUUUCAGGAACCAUUUCUGUGAAAAAGUUUCAAAUCUGUAAUUUGCAGUUUUGCUUUUCAAUGUGUUUUUAUGAAGCGCAAAAAUUGCGAUGCAAAUCCGCUCGUUUCGAGCCUUGAUGAAACAUGAAUAUUCUCUCGGACAUUUUUCAGGUUGUAUUUUCCUCCGUGUUAGAACUAAAUAACUGGAGUUUAACUUGAGAGUAGCCUUCUUUAAACUCCCAUCGGUACCUCGGAACAAAGUCAACCACGUGGUAGCUUCAACACACCCAUGAGUGAACUGUGUCACCGUGCUGCUCGUUGACUCAGUCUUUGGCAUGUCCUCACUAAUGACAGGGAUGGAAAUAGGUCUGCGUGUCUUUCGUAUCGAGCCAGAUCAUUCAGCGCUCGACCCUCAUCCGUUCACACAAAGGACCCGCUGUGCAGGCUUUCAUGCGUUAUCGGCAGCCAUUGACGCUCUGUAAAUCAGACUUAACAUGAUGAAUUUAUGCAGUCCUACUGAUGUGACUCCCUGUUUGGCUCGGGGGUGUUUCUUCAAGAGAUGUGGGUGCCCUCUGUCCCACUUUUCCAGCCAAGAAACCAGUGUUGCCUUUGUUUUCAUGUGCUCCCCCCCUUAUCAGUUCCUGUUUUAGGUUUUGUCUAGCUGCUCCUGAUAUAGCUCGACACAGCUCCCUCUGGAAUUCCCCCACUACCCCUCUUCCCCUAAUUUCCCUCUCACUUACUAGUGAUCCAGGAUACAAUUGAUCCUUUUUCUGCUUUAAGAGCCAGGUUGUCUGACCCGGUGCUUGCCAGAAAGCCAGAUCAUUUCGGGAUAGACGGACAUUGAGCGGUGAAGUGUUCUGCAAAAAGCAGCAGAACAGAACAGGCCAGUUUAGGCGCUGGGUCGUAAGGGGUGUAUUUUGUCUGAAAAUAGACCCCAUGUCAUUUUCUCCAGUGGCCCAUUUCUUUGUUUGGUAGAUACUCAAAUGUUUUUGCUAUCCAAGCGAAAGAUAUGUAGAUGGGUUGCUACUGCUUGUCUUGAAUGCGCUUUUGUACAGGUUGCAAAUGUUGCAAAUGCAGAACACAGAUACCAAAGCAUUGUUGAGAAUAUAAAAGUCCGUAGUACGUUCACACGCACACACACUCUGUUAGAUCUCUGAUUUGCAAUCCUCUUAGUGGUCUGAUAAAAAACCUUUGCACAAAGACAAACUUGAUGAUGAAAAUACACUUGCCAGAAUUGCAACAAUUGUACGAUUUUUACUAUUGGGCCUGAACUCCUCAUGCUAUUUCACUCCAAACCUGUUUAGCACAGAGUACGCUAGUCCCUCCCCUGGCUAGCUAAUUUAACUGUAGUUUGGAAAAACAAGUUAACCAGCAAUUCUGGCACACCCUUGCAAUACUCUUGGAGAGGCUUGCUUCCAUUUCCUUCCACCCAUUGCCGCUUACUUCCCUGCAUCCUGCCGUCUCAUCUCUGGAUUUGCACUCAAUUUGGGGUUUUAACUAUCGCUUUGUCACACUGGAUUGAAUCCAAGACUUAAUCCCUCCUCACGGGCAGACUGAAAGCAUAAGGCCACGUGGAAAUCCAUUUAGUGGACAGUCUCUUAUGGCCUACAACAGGUUAUGCCAGAGUUUUGCUGUUUUGGAAGAUGGCGUGUUGGCACACAAUCUCCAGGAGCAGGAAAUCGAGCAGUACUACACCACCAACAUUCAGAAGAGCCAGCUGGUGCAGAAUGACAUCCGUGUAGCCAAGCAGCUUCAGGAUGAGGAGGAGGCGCAGCGGGCCCUGCAGAGAGCCCUGCUGAGACAAGAGUCCAGACAACUGGAAGAACAGGACUUUGAGUAUGCCCGUGUAAUCCAGGAGGAGAUCCGGCGGCGGGCUGAAGAGGCCUGGAGGAGGGAGCAAGAUGACGAGGAAAUGGCUAAACAGAUGCAGGAGGAAGAAGAGCAGAGGAUGAGGAGAGCCAGAGCAGAGGAGGAGCACCGUGAAGGCAGCUCCAGCGGUUCUGCACCGCCAUCACCAAACCAACAUGCACUCAGCAGACAGCGUCCAGGCGAGGCGCAGUACUCACCCACCACCGCCAGGGGGCAGUAUUCUAACACGCCGAACCCUCCAGAUUACAGCAGGCCUCCUCCGCCUUACUGCCCUGGCAGGGUAGCAGCUCACCAAACUGCAACUUCAUGGUCAAGUGAAGGGCACACGCAUUCCCGUGGGCAACUCAGGAGGGAAUUAGAAGAGUCACUGCGUGCACACUCUGAUUUCUUUGAACAGAGACGAAAUAUAAGAAACAACACAGCGCCUCUCCAUCGCAGGUUAUCUUUACGCUUGCCUCGCGAGAGAGACUACAGGAGUCUUUCCACUCCCAGCGGCAUCAGAGAGGGGCGUGAUGGCCGGGGGCUGUAUGAUGACAACGGCGAUCGAGAGAAGAGGAGGGCACGGGACUGGGAACUGGAAAUGAACCACCAACUACAAAACACGACGUGGGGCAAUCGGCACGGAUCGGCCGAGGCUCGAGAAGGGCGGUGUAGUCGUAGUGAAUCUGUUCGGAUUCACGACCGCCCGAGACACGGCAGCAGAGACUCAUCCGGGACGUGGAGCUCCAGAGACAACGCUGACAAACACGUCCGCUUCGCAGCAGGCACCAGGAGCUCCGACAGACGGCCGGACACGAGCAUGCAGGUCUGGGAGAUGCUCGGCCACGUCCUCAGAGAGCGAGGUGUCCCUGUGACAUUGGGGGGUCGUGGAGCACCGCUGAAAAUAGGUCCUCAAAAGCAAGACAGCCAGCCGCUUCGCAGGAGUGAGGUCUCCUACUGCGACACCCAACCACAUCAGACACACUUCCAGAGAGCUGCCUCCACCAGGCACAGUUUCCAUGGCGACAUUAGGGAAAGGAGAUUACCUCGCCGGGACAACAGGGAGCCAGAUCACAGAGGAUCUGAAGACGGUCACCCCGACAAUGUGAUGCACGACGGAGAGCUUUCUCAGAUCAGUGGCAGAGGCAGCAGAAGGUGGGGGCGUCCUGACCACAACUUGGACUCGGGAAGCGCUGCAAGCGAGGACACCGUCGUGAGGACGGGUGGCAGGCAUUGGCACGAGACCAUCGAAGAACGUUUCAGUUCCGAGGGGGAGGCGGAGAGGGAACCAGAGCGGCGCCCUCAGAGAAGCCUCAGCAGCAGCUGGGUCAGGUGGAGACACAUGGCAGCAGGAGCAUCACUGCCCUCCAAGAAGAGGCAGACGAGCCUGGAUCUGGGGGACCUGCAGCAAGUUCUACAUGAUGAGGAGCUGGCCUGCAAGCUACAGGAGCAGGAGACCAAGUUCUUGACGAGGACCUCACAGCCCAGGCCACGUAGUCAUUACCCCGAGGGGGACUUCCGCCUAGCGCAGGUGGCACAGGAUGAGGAAAUUGCUCACUAUAUGCAAAAGCAGGAAAUCAAGUCAAAUCGCAUAUCACGGGAGUUGGAAGGACCGGCGUCGUGGCGGGAGCACCGAGCCAUCGUGAGCCAUCACGACCAGAGAACGACACGAGAGAAACAGGUGCAGAGGCAGCGGCUCGACUCAGAGGGCCUCCCCUCCCCCACUGAGGACUGCUCUCCAGAGAAUCAGCCUCCCAGCCCUGUCUCCACACUAACCCAAUCCCAGCAGCUCCAGAAUGUUGCGGAGGAGCUGGACCCAACCUUCCAGGCCAAGAGGCAAGGGGCAGACAUCCUCCGAAUGGGACAAACCGGCACCGCCUGUCAGUCACUUCCUGAGGAGCCCACCUUCAUCCCACCCACCAAGCGUCAAAAAGACAAAGCUCGCCGUACAAAUCCCAAAGAAAAGAAGGAAAAUUGUAAGCAACAAUAAGGUUUUUUUUAACACUAAAAAUGACACCCAACCUACUGCCGUUAGUUUUGCAAACAUUAGCUUAGUAACCCCACCAGCACUUUAGACCAGAAAAGGUUGAGAGCCAAUCCAUUUUGUAUUCUUCCUGUAAACAAUGAAAUUGAAUUGUUAAAGGGACUCCUGCCAUGCAAUCUAGUCGUCUUUAAGUGUUUAUUUAAACAAUGUCUCAUCGUUGUCCAGUAAAAAGCAUGUACAUCCAAAGUUUGGGAGGAUUUGUUGUUAGCUGAAAGCUACGCAACAAAUUUUUGCGUAAAAAAAAAAAAAAUGGAACUGCAUGCUUAGCAUUGGACUGUAAUGUUAUGUUUGUAAUAUUUGUCCCUUGUUAUUUUAUGAGGCAGCACGGUAGGACCAACAUUUCUUUGAAUACAACCAGCACGUUCAUGUCCAACUGGAUUUUUUUUUUUUUAUCUGCUUUUUGUGUCCUAGUUUUAUCUGUACUCUAUUUUUUAUCUUCAUUAAAGGAAGUAAAACCUUU